AUGUCUGCUGGGGAAGAAGGGAGCCGGGGCCGCCCCAAGUCGAAGGGCAAGACCCUGAGCAGCUUUUUUGGGUCCCUGCCCGGCUUCGGCGCUGCCCGGAACCUGGUGGCCAACGCCCGUGGCUCUGGGAAGGAGGCCCGGCCGCCCCCCGACCCCACGGCCGCGCCAGCUCGGGCCCAGGCGGCCUCGGAGCCGGAGCAGGUGGCCGGGGAAACGGAGAAGCUGCAGGGGCCUUCGAAUGAGCUGACCGCAGCGGCCCAGGCCGGCUCCACGAUGACUCGGACCAAAGAUGCCCUCUCCUCGGGGAUAACCAGCAUGCUGGACUCGGCCAAGGGUGUGGUCCAGGGCGGCCUGGACACCACACGGUCAGCCCUGGCCAGCACCAAGGAUGCAGCAUCUGAAGGGGUCCUGGGGGCCGUGGGGAUGGCCAAAGGGGUGGUGCAAGGGGGCCUGGACACCUCCAAGGCUGUCCUCACAGGUACCAAGGACACGGUGGCCACCGGACUCUCGGGAGCCGUAAACGUGGCCAAGAGCACCGUGCAGGCUGGCAUAGACACCAGCAAGACCGUGCUGACCGGAACGAAGGACACAGUGGCCACCGGGAUCGCAGGCGCUGUGAACAUGGCCAAAGGGACAGUGCAGACCGGCCUGGACACCACCAAGUCUGUGGUCAUGGGCACCAAGGACACAGUGGCCACUGGCCUCAUGGGGGCUGUGGAUGUGGCCAAAGGGACAGUCCAAACGGGUCUGGACACUUCGAAAGCUGUCCUCACAGGCACAAAAGAUACAGUGGCCACAGGGCUCACGGGGGCCGUGAAUGUGGCCAAAGGCACAGUGCAGACCGGCCUGGACACCACCAAGAGCGUGCUGACCGGCACCAAGAACACAGUGGCCCCUGGGCUCACAGGAGCUCUGAACAUGGCCAAAGGGACGGUGCAGACCGGCCUGGACACUUCAAAGGCUGUCCUCACGGGCACCAAAAACACAGUGGCCACGGGGCUCACGGGGGCCAUGAAUGUGGCCAAAGGGACAGUGCAGACAGGCCUGGACACCACCAAGUCUGUGGUCAUGGGCACCAAGGACACAGUGGCCACUGGACUCACAGGGGCCACAAAUGUGGCCAAGAGUGCUGGGACAAUGCAGACCGGCCUGGACACUUCAAAGGCUGUCCUCACGGGCACCAAAAACACAGUGGCCACAGGGCUCACGGGAGCUGUGAACGUGGCCAAGAACGCCGUGCAGGCUGGCGUGGACACCAGCAAGACCGUGCUGACCGGCACAAAGGACACAGUGGCCACUGGGCUCACAGGGGCUGCAAACAUGGCUAAAGGGACAGUCCAAGCGGGCCUGGACACUUCAAAGGCUGUCCUCACGGGCACAAAAAACACAGUGGCCACGGGGCUCACAGGCGCCAUGAAUGUGGCCAAGAGCGCUGUGCAGGCUGGCAUGGACACCAGCAAGACCGUGCUCACUGGAACGAAGGACACAGUCAGCAGUGGAGUCACCGGUGCCAUCAAUGUGGCCAAGGGGACAGUGCAGACCGGCCUGGACACCAGCAAGUCUGUGGUCAUGGGCACCAAGGACACAGUGGCCACCGGACUCACAGGGGCCACAAAUGUGGCCAAGAGCGCUGUGCAGGCUGGCGUGGCCACCAGCAAGACCGUGCUGACCAGAACGAAGGACACAGUGGCCACCGGGCUUUCAGGGGCUGUGGACGUGGCCAAGAGUGCCGUACAGGCUGGUAUGGACACCAGCAAGACCGUGCUGACCGGCACGAAGGACACAGUGGCCACCGGGCUCACAGGGGCUGCAAACAUGGCCAAGGGAACGGUCCAGACCGGUCUGGACACCACCAAGUCUGUGGUCAUGGGAACGAAGGACACAGUGGCCACCGGGCUCACGGGGGCUGUGGACGUGGCCAAGGGGACUGUGCAGACUGGUCUGGAUACCACCAAAUCUGUCAUCAUGGGCACCAAGGACACAGUGGCCACCGGGCUCACAGGGGCCACAAAUGUGGCCAAGAGCGCCGUGCAGGCUGGCGUGGCCACCAGCAAGACCGUGCUGACUGGAACGAAGGACACAGUGGCCACUGGGCUCACAGGGGCCACAAAUGUGGCCAAGAGCGCCGUGCAGGCUGGGGUGGCCACCAGCAAGACCGUGCUGACCGGAACUAAGGACACAGUCAGCAGUGGGGUCACCGGUGCCAUCAAUGUGGCCAAGGGGACAGUGCAGACCGGCCUGGACACCACCAAGUCUAUGGUCAUGGGCACUAAAGACACAGUGUCCACAGGGCUCACGGGGGCCAUGAACGUGGCCAAGACGGCUGUGCAGGCUGGGGUGGAUACCAGCAAGACCAUGCUCACUGGAACAAAAGACUCGGUCAGCAGUGGGGUCACUGGCGCCAUCAAUGUGGCCAAGGGCGCUGUCCAGGGUGGCCUGGACACUUCGAAAGCUGUCCUCACAGGCACAAAAGAUACAGUGGCCACCGGGCUCACAGGGGCUGUGAACGUGGCCAAAGGGACAGUGCAGACCGGCCUGGACACUUCAAAGGCUGUCCUCACGGGCACCAAAAACACAGUGGCCACGGGGCUGACAGGGGCCACAAACUUGGCCAAAAGCGCCAUGCAGGCUGGUGUGGACACCGGCAAGACUGUGCUGACCAGCACGAAGGACACGGUGAGCAGCGGGCUCACUGGUGCCAUCAAUGUGGCCAAAGGGACGGUCCAGACUGGCCUGGACACCACCAAGAGCGUGCUGACCGGCACCAAAAACACAGUGGCCCCUGGGCUCACAGGAGCUCUGAACAUGGCCAAAGGGACGGUGCAGACCGGCCUGGACACUUCAAAGGCUGUCCUCACGGGCACCAAAAACACAGUGGCCACGGGGCUCACAGGGGCCAUGAACGUGGCCAAGAGCGCCGUGCAGGCUGGUGUGGACACUGGCAAGACCAUGCUGACCGGCACGAAGGAUACAGUGUCCACCGGGCUCACGGGGGCUGUGGACGUGGCCAAGAGCACUGUACAGGCUGGUGUGGACACCAGCAAGACCUUGCUGACCGGCACGAAGGACACAGUGGCCACCGGGCUCACAGGGGCUGUGAAUGUGGCCAAGGGAACAGUGCAGACCGGCCUGGACACUUCAAAAGCUGUCCUGACAGGUACCAAAAAUACAGUGUCCACGGGGCUCACAGGAGCUGUGAACGUGGCCAAAGGGACAGUCCAGACGGGUCUGGACACCACCAAGUCUGUUGUCAUGGGAACCAAGGACACAGUGGCCUCGGGGCUGGCGGGGGCUGUGAACGUGGCCCAGGGCACCGUUCAAUCCGGCCUCCAUGCAACCCAGAACGUGGCUCUGGGUGCCAAGGCCACAAUCUGCAGCGGGGUCACCCAGGGCAUGGAGGUGGCCAGAGGCACCGUCCAGGGUGGCCUGGACACCAGCGACGCCACGCUGGCUGGCAGCAGAGCCGUCACAUCCACCCGACUCACGGAGGCAGAAGAGGUGAUCACGGGCGCUGUCCACGCUGGAGCUGGUGCUGCGUGGAGUGGGGCCCCGGGCAGCCCUGACGGGGGCGGAGCCCACAGUGAGCUCAUGGAUGCACACCGGGUAGACAUAGCGCCGGCCAGGCUGUGCCAUGAGCUGCGAGGGCUGGGGGAGCUCUUCCACCCCAUGAGCGCCCAGGAGCAAGCCCAGCUGGAGGCCUCGGAGCCGGGGCCGAAGGUGCUCUCGGCUGACCAGGCCAGCUACUUCGUGUGUCUCGGGGAUCUGGCCCCCACCUUCCGCCAGCGGGCUUUCGAGCACAGCCUGAGCCACGUUCAACACAGUCAGUUCCAGGCCCGGGACGCCCUGGCCCAGCUGCAGGAUGCCUUCCAGACGAUGGAGGCCGAGGUGCAGGCUCCAGGAGAGCAGCAGUGUGGAGAUGGGGAAGCUAGCCCCACAGCGGACCACACAGAGGUGCCAGGCGCCGAGGCUCUGUCCAGGGUCUGCACCCUCCUCCGCCAGCUGCACUCGGCCUACAGCGGCCUGGCCUGCGGCCUGCGGGGCCUGUCGGAGCCCCAGCGGCAGCUGGGCCGCGCCCGCCACAGCCUGUGUGAGCUCUACAGCCUGGUGUCCUCCGUGGGCUCCGCCGUGGAGCUGCCAGCCGAGCGCCUGGCCCAGAGCCGGGAGGGCAUGAGCCACGCAUGGCAGGGGCUGGAGGCGCAGCUGGAGGCCCUGCAGCACAGCCCCCCGCUCGGCUGGCUCGUGGGGCCCUUCGCCACGGGCCCCCGUGCGCACCAGCUGUAG